AUGGCUAAGGGCAAGAAAACUAAAAUAAAAACGGGGGUUCGUCGUCGACAAGACGUUAAUUCCAUUGGUAAAGAAAAAGAAAAAAAUGAAGAAGAUGAAGUGAGCAGUUGUUCGACGGAACCACACGAAACGAUAACAUCAUUUUUAAAACAAGAAGAAAUCCAAGAUUUAUUAAAUGCAAUUCAAACGAAAGAUUUGAAUGAUCUCCCCAUAUUGAUCGGAGCUACAAUUUUAGGAAAAAUCGAUCUCGUUAAAAAAUUUCACCGAGAAGGAUACACCCUGGAAUGCUACGAUCAAAAUGGAAUGACUCCUUUUCUAUGGGCGGUUAAACUUAAAAAUUUAGAACUCGUUGAAUUUUUCGCAUCGAAAGGCGUUAAAAUAUCAACAGAAGACGUUAAUGGCGACAAUUCUCUCAUUCACGCCAUCAAAUCAAAUUUUUGGGACGAAGAAUCAAUAAUACAAUAUCAUAAAACAUACGGAAAUCGUUUUUCUUUUAACCGCAAUCGAACGAUAUUUUCACAGGCGGGAAAUUCAGCUUUUCAUUUUGCCGUUAGAAAAUGUUGGAUAAAUUUUUGCACCAUUCUCAUAGAACUCGGAGUCAACGUGAACAGUUCGAACAAAAAGGGUGUCACGGGUUUAAUGAUGGCCGCCUCGAAGGGUCACGAAAAUAUGGUUUUUUGCCUUUUACGUCACAAUGCAGAUGCUUUUGCAGAAGAUCAAAGAGGUUGUACGGCUUUGUGUUACGCCAUAUCGAGAUCGAGUCAAAAAAAAUUAAAUAUAUCAAAUCAAACCGUGACGGGUCUAUUGAACGCUUUUCCACCGCACGAAAAAGAAAAAUAUUUGAUAAGACGAUUACAAGUAUUAAUGAAUCCGGGGAAAAGAAACGAUUCCGGAAACAUAAUCGAAACAUUUCUAUCCCCGGUUUUUUCUUUUUUUAUUAAAAAAGUUCAGGGAGGAUUAAGAAUGCUCAUAAAAGGAAAAGUUUUCGACAUUGUGUUCCAGGCGUUAAAAAAUCACAUUGGUCAAUUGGAUUACACCGUAUCGAUUUUGGGGAUAUUGGCUGAAAUAUUAAAUUACUGCGAUUGUUGCAUUUACAAAACAAAUCCCGACAUAACCGAAAGUGAUUUGUUUCAAUUGUUUUUAAAUUCGCAAUGUCCGAAAAUGUGCAUCAUAAUACUCAAACACACGGGAAUGUCGAAUUUGAAAAAUAUCGUUAACCCGACUUUUUUACCACUUUUCCUAGUUUGUCCGUCGACGAACGCGGGUCGAAAGUGGUUGCAAGAUCAUUACAACAUUUUACAACCCUUCUAUCAAAAAUACGACGACGAAUUCGAUAACAGUAAUAAGAAAAACAACAUUCAAAUGGACGACGUCCAUUUUAAAAAUAUAAAAAGAAAAAUUAAACUUUUCAGAAAUUUAAUGACGAAACUGCAGAACGGGGAAAAUAUUUUCGAUAAAUUUCACGCCGCCCCGGACAACGACAGCGAAAUGAUGCCCGUUGAAAAAACCAUCAACAGCAACAAAGACGUCGUGACGGACAAAGAGGAUUCAUCGUCGUACGGAAGUAAAAAAAUUAAAAAAAAACCUAAAAUCAAAACGGUUAAAAAAAAUUUAUUCGACGACGCGACUAAUAAAAAUUUAACGAGAAAAUUCAUCAUCGAUAACGCCAUGACGAUGGACGAUGAGAAAAAGGAAAAAUUGAAUAAAUCCGAUGAUUUGGUUCGAUUGAAAAUAAUCGCUUUGAAAUCGACCAAAGAAGACGAAUCCGUUCAAAUCCAAGAUGGCGACUUAACGGAAAAAAAUUCCAAAACUAAAACCGUCGGUUACGAUCCGUCGGAUUUAUUCGGACUUUUGGCCACGUCGCGAAGCACCGGAAGUUCCGACGAAAGCGGUUUGGAUAAUUAUAAAAAAAAUAUUGAAAAAAAUGAAAACAGGUUGAAACAAGUUGCCAAAGCCAUGAGCACGAUAUUUUCGACGUCGGACACGACAACCCUAUAUUCGAUUAAAAACGAAGUCGAUUUUAAAACAAAUUCCGGUUUGAAAAAUUGCAUAACGAGAAAAUCAAGCGAAGAAACGCUGGAACCUGUUAAAAAAGAUCUUUCCCCGGCUUUGAAUUACCUACAAUCCCUUUUCGAAGAUUUCAUAGCCAAACAUCAAAAAGUCUGGAAUUACGAAAGGAUGAACAAUUAUCCGGAUUAUAAAACGACCGGAAACGAAGAUAAAUCCGUGCAAUUGAUUAAAUUAAAAGUUGUGCUCACGCAAUUGGAAUCCCAUUACCUUCACAAACUCGAUCACGAAUGGGAUCUUUUGAUAAACGUCAUACGAAAUAAAGUUUGGUACAGCGAAGAAGCAUCCAACGACGUCAUUUCAAAACUCCAAGAAUUACUUUUGCAAAAGGAAUCGCAAAUAAUUGAAAAAUUGAAAAAAAUCGAAGAGGAAGAAAUUAAAAAUAAAUAUUUAGAAAAGAAAACAACGACGCAACAACAACAACAACAACAACAACAACAACCGCAACCCAAUGAUAAUUUAAAUAAUCACAAAGGUAUUGAUGACAUUCACCUUUUUCUCGAUAGACUUUUAGACUUGGACGGAUUAAAUAUGACGACGAAUUUAAAAUCAGAUACGUGCGGAAGAACGUUAGAAAAUGAUUUUACGUUAAAUCAAAGGAUGCCACCGAUAAAUGGAAACGUUUUGCAAAAAACAUCGAGUCAAUCGAAACUUUUAGACGUUGUUGACACGAGUAGAGAAUUUCCGCUAGAUUUGAGUCAAGGUUCAAGCGGUAAUGGAUUAGAGCUUAACACGAUAUUUUUUAACAAGGGUUACAAAUCCGAUUCUUAUUCAGAAAUAGUAAGCAUAGGGAGUAAAACCAAAAGCUCUCAAAGCAUUCCGACUCCGCGAAACGAUAACGAUGAUAAAAAAGAUCAGUAUAAUCUUUGGAAUAAAACAAGCGAUAAUCCUUUGCAAAAAUUAUUUAAAACGGUGAGAGAAGGAAACGAAUCCUCGUCAACGUCGUCGUCGUCGUCGUCGGCGAGAAAUCCAAACAACAGAUUUUUUUGUUGGGUCAACGAAAUAAGCAAUUUGAAAAAAAUGAUUAAAAACAGUCACGUACAAUAUGGUGAAAUAUUACUUCCGAACCCGUUGAAAAGUGGUAAAAUUUUACUACCCUACGGUGAAACGGGUUAUUUCGGAUCCGUCGAAAUGGGUUUGGAUCACAAGGGAAAUCCCAUGGCUGUGAAACACGUUAAAAAAUCUUUUCCAACAUCCGUCGACAUAUUGUCAAACAUAAUGAUAAGACUUAAAAAAAUUAAUAAUAAAUAUAUUUUACCUUAUUACAUGUCCGAAGGUUUUGAACCCAUAAUAGCAACUCCAUUGAUGGAUUUCAAUUUAGGACAAUAUAUUCUUCACCUGAAAAAUAAUUGCAUUUUAGAAUCUAAAUCAUUUGAUAUUAUUAAACAGGUAGUGGCUGGACUCCAUUAUUUACACACACAAAAACCACCAAUCAUUCACGGUAAUUUAAAACCUUCAAAUGUUUUAAUUGAUUCGAGUGGAAUCGUUAAAUUGGCAGAAUUUGGAAUUUCAGUGGCUCUUUAUUUAAAAAAACCCGCGCCACCAUGUUCGAUGAUAUGGUGGCCUGGAGAAAUUAUCACGUCGUAUAUAAAAGUAAAUAAAUUGAGGAGCACAUUGGCAGCAGACGUGGCAACCGCAGGAAUGUUAACUCAUUUUAUUUUAAGCGGAGGUCAACAUCCAUUCGGACAACAAGUUAAAGAAAUAGUUGACAAUUUAAUAUUGGGAAAAUGGAAUUUGAUAACACCUGAUAACGAUGCAGAAGACCUCAUCAGUUGGAUGUUAGUUUUUUUACCAGAAAAUCGUCCGACCAUUCCAGCUAUCGUCCGUCAUAUAUAUUUUUGGAGUCUCGACAAAAGAUGGAAAUUUUUAUUAACUUGUGCCGGAGCGUAUCCAGAAUCCGGAGCGACGAUACAUGAAAUUUCUCAGCUUCACACGUAUCUCGAUAUAAAAGCAAAAGAAAAUAACAUACAAGGAGAUUGGGAAUCUGUUAAAAAUUUAAGUCCGAAAUUAACGGGAUUACUUAAUUUUCUUCGAUUGUGCAUGGAAGACAGAAGACGAUUUCAAGAACUCAUAUCAAAUAGGAAUACCACCACCACGUACGAAGGAGAAAAAUUGGCUGUGAGAGAAAUAUUUAUGAAAACAGUCAAUGCGGUUACAGAUCAAAUACCACCGGAAGUAACCAAUUUUAUUCCUUAUUACUGUGAUUUAAAGAACUUUUUUUUUACUGCCUUUCCAGUUAUAUCACUGAGCAUAUAUAGAAUGUUAGAAAGUACCCAAUGGUUGGAAGUACCGUUUUUUGGACCUUUUAAUGAACCAUAUGAAUUAUCAUAA